AUGGAUGUUCCGUCUUCUAAUUCAUCUUUCACAGACUUACCAAAUACAUCAAAUAUCCAAGAAGCUACUACCUCAAAGAAAGCAUAUGGCCGACGUGAUAAGAAAGACAUUGAAAAGAUCCGGCUAGAGAAGCAGAGAAGGAGAGAGGAGCAGAGAAUAUUACAACAAAGACAGCAGCAAGAGCAAGAGAAGAGAACGGAGAAUGGUAUAGAACCCAUUUUGAGGCCCAUGGUCGAUGUCGUAGAAGAAUUGACGGAUAUUAAAGGGGAAAGAGUCAAGAUUAUGACUUACAAUAUACUAGCUCAAUCCCUUUGCCGUCGUGAACUCUUUCCUCAAUGCGGUGAUGCACUGAAAUGGAAAAAUCGUCGUCCAGGUCUAUUGAAAGAAAUGCUUUACUAUUCGCCUGAUAUUGGAUGCUUUCAAGAGAUGGAUGAGAAUACGUACAUUGACACUUUUAAACCAGAAUUUGAGAAAGCGGGAUAUGAUUGUGUUUAUGUCAAAAGCACAAAAAAGAGACACGGCUGUUGUAUCAUCUGGAGAAUAAGCAAAUUUACAAAGCUCAAAGAAGAUUCAAUUUCAUAUGACCAAUUUGAAGUGCCAACGAUGCCCACUGAAUGUGUGGGGCUUAUUGUGGUAUUGGAAUUUAAAUCAUCUAAUAAAGCAACUGCAGAUGGUAUUGUCAUAGGGACAACACACCUGUAUUGGAGACCCCAAAGUAUGUAUGAACGGUCAAGACAGUGUCUCAUACUUGUUGACCGACUCAAUGACAUAAACAAGGAAUUUGAGUUUCAUGCAUUCCUGGCUGGAGGUUUGUUGCCAAAUUUAAAAUGCUUACCGUGGUUUGUACUAGGCUUGUACUUAAAUAACAUUCAAUAUGUAGACUUUAAUUCAGCUCCAGAAGAUCCAAGUUAUGCACUCUUAACAGGAAGCUCAUUAACCCAAGACCAUAUAGAUAUUCUUCAAAACUCAAUGAAACCGUUUUGUAGCAACAAUGAAGAUUCUCCGACUGAUUCAACUUCCAACACACCUCACACGGAACUGAGGUCACUAUCAACAAUAAUAUCUGCAUUUAAAACUCUUCCUAAAUGUGUCUCACUCUAUGCUCAACACUAUACAAGUAUCGAUCCAGCAAAUACUAACAGAUCAGAACCCAAGUUUACAAAUUAUGGGGAGUAUUACAAAGGCACUCUGGACUAUAUUUUUUAUUUAGGAAAAAGCAGUAAUAAUAAUAGAGAUGACAUAGAAAGGGACACAAGUGAGGAAAUGCAAGUAGUAAAAUUGUUGAAAAUGCCAAGAGAAAUGGAUAUAUUGCCUUCAAUACCCAAUUACAAAUUUAAUUCAGAUCAUUUAUGUUUAAUAGCUGAAGUGUCAAUCAAUUGA